CCCGCACUCACUAACACCAAUAAUUACAAAAUAAUAAUCUCUGUUAUGUCACACACCAUUGCGCUAGCUUUCAUUAUACGUACAUUAUCAUUAAAAAAGAGAGUUUAAAGUAAGAAAAACACAAAAAGGAAUAUGCCGUGCAAAACAUUUGAAAAUCGAAAGGAGGGGAAGUGACAGUUCCGACAAAUUUAAACCAAUAGACGACGCAAAGUUUUGCUGAGCCUACGUUGAUAUAUUUAUUGUGCGCGUUUUUCCAGUGACAUUUGAAGUGAUUUUGAAAUUGAACAGUAUGGAGUGAUGAUAAUGUUUUUAAUUUUGUUGUGAUUUGGUGGUUAUGGUGUGUUUUUUAAAGUAGAUGACUUUUAAAAAUGAGCGCAAACAUGUUUUCCGCCCAACAAAAAGCCACGUUGCCCGGAAAAUCACCGGAAUACUCCAGGAUACCCCUACCAAGCCCCACCCCUUUACGCCGUUGCGGGAGCCUAAGACUCAGCGGAGAAAAUCCCUUCACAAAUAUAAAUGGAGACAGCGGCGCGGAAAGCUGGCAACGGCGCGGCCAGCAGCAGGACGAGAACGCUGCCGAGUUUUCGGCAGGAAGUCAGUUAGCAGGCGGGAGCCCUCUGCAUAGGGGCAGGUCCUUUAUGGAAAAGGGCGAGAAAAAGUUUGGACUUGUGCCCGUUGGGCCGCAGUCGUUGAAAACCGGGCAGCAACGUGCCAACGGAAGUGUUCCGGGAGUGAGACAGCUGACCCAGCAGAGUCCUGCAAGGAUCAGAAGUUUGUCUCUGUCUCUGUCCAACACACGCCUAAAUAGCCCCAGAUCCCCAAACGUCCAGCACUCGUUGGGAUCCCCCCGAUCCCCAGCCGACAGUUGCCGAACGCACUCGAACAACCUGUCGGCCGAUUUCGACUCGGUAGCCGAGGAUUGGGACGAUUCGUGCAGCGUUGCCAGCUUGGGCGGCAGCAGCGUGGCUUCGUGCGAGCACGCCAGCGUCGCCCGCAACGGCACCACCUUCUCCGGGAGAAGCAUGAAGUACGUUUUUCAUUGCAAUCAACAUUCAGGGGCCACAGGGGAAGAUUAUUUAACCCCAACCCAAAGAGCUCAUAGACAAGUAAAAAAAUUGAAGUUUUUACUGCUACAGGCUAAAAAGGAUUUGGAGCAAAAAGAUAGUGAUAUAUUGAAAUUGACCAAAGAAGUUGUAGAGUUAAGACUGUACAAGGCGGCUCUAAACUCGCCGGAAGACAAGUCCAACUCAAGCGAUGCCGUCACAGUUCGAGAAAACACGAGCGAAGAGUGCAGCCCUGAGAAGGACGCCUUCGAUGGCGUUCACGUCGAGCGUCGGGACGCCAGCGACGUCGUCGCAGCCGGCGGCGCGGACAUGAACCAUUCCUUUGCCGAUUCCGGACACUUCGAGGACUGCACCAAUUCGUCCGUGCACUCGAAGGAUUCGGUGCUGUUUGACGACAGCAUUCGAUCGCCUUGCAGACGAAGAGAUGUGGAAACAUCGGAAAAGGGCACCAUCGCCCAAAUGGGCUCGUUGGAGCUGGAUUCAGAGCACAGCAAAUUAAUAAUGGAGUACGAAAAAAGACUGCAAGAAUUGGUGAGGACCCACGAAGAGGAGAAUUAUCAAUUGAAACAAAAACACAACGACAAAAUCGAAGAGUUGCUCGAGAGGAUCACCGAAAUAAAUUCAAGGUAUUGGGAAUUGGUACCGGAAUUGGAAACAGCUAGAGAUAGAAUCAAGGAGUUGGAGCUGCAAUUAGAAGAGGCAAGUACAAAAUUACAGGAACAAGAAGAUAAGCAGAAAGAGAAUUAUCUUCAGAUGUACAACAAGGGUCAGGAAGCUGCCAAACUUGAAAAUGAAAAUACGUUAAUGGAACUUGCUCACCAAAACCCGAGUAGAAUCUCAUUCCCGGAGCUUUUACAGGAGUUACAAGUCACCAAAAACGAACUAGAGAAAAUUAAGGCGAUGUAUAGACAACUGAUGGAGGCCAAAAGUAAAAAUAAAAUCGACCCGGAAAUAACGCUACAAUUUCUAAAAUCGGCAAUUUACUAUUUCCUUACUGACCGAGAAAACAGCCAGGGUCAUCUUAGGGCCAUACAAAGCAUUUUGGGGUUCUCUAUAGCCGAAAUAGAUAACAUAGAUAAAUCUAGGCUGCAAUAAAAAAAUACGGUUUCAAAAUACAGUUCAGAAAAUAAAAUCAAAAACUUCGUUAAAGUAGUGCCUAAGUAUUUACUUAAAAUACAUAUAAGUGAUGGAUUUUUCCCCAAACGUUUAAAAUUGUAGUCAUCCCUUAUAAUACACCCGGUAUAUUAGAUAGGAUUAUGGAGUGAUACUUGUUCUAAAAUACCGAUAAGGCAAACUCAAAAAUAUAACUCGAGCUUUUUUAGGCCAAUAAGAAAUUUAUUAUUAAAUGUUGUGCACAUACAGGGUGUUUGAAAAACAAUGGCAAGUAUUUGUCAUUGACUUUCUAAACAGCCUGUGAUUUAAAAACUAGUUAGUAAAACAUGUAUUUUCAAAGUGAGUUUUGGAUGUGAUAUCUGUAAUAAUGCCGUCUACUAAUUUUUUUUAAACAUUGGCUUUUUUGCUGACAUGGUGAGAAAAAUACAACUUAUUUUAAUAGCAGUUAAAAUUAUCGUACUGGUAAUUUUUUUAAUAUUAAAAUCGAUAUAAAAUGAAAUCUAGACUGUGCUGUAUUAUUAUGUUAUUUUAACAUCCCCAUGUAUGGACAACUGGUUAAGAUUUCUUAAAGAGUUCCUGAAUUAAGGUGAGGUACAAGAGAUUAAGGUUAAUAUCAUUACCAAUUUGCACAAAAAUAGUUUUUUAUUUAACAGACAAAAAAAAAUCUUUUGAAAUGUCUUUUUUGCACUUUUAGUCAAUUUUGUAAGAUACCUAUUAUUUCAUUUUAUUAUAAUAUUUUUAGUUUUAAUGGGUCGGUAUCGUGCAAUCAAAAUACAAUUUUUUACAUUACUUUAUUAUUAAUAAAAUAUUCUUACAUAUGUAAGUAUAUUAAGUAAUCAUAA